UAGAGACUCACAUUUUACAUUCACGAAUGUAUCCACAAUGAUAUAGUAAGGGUCCUAAGUCCCGUAUCAUUUAGUGUUUAACCAAUCAAAAGUUAAUACUUGUCAGAUUGUAUCAUUGUGUUAAUUGAAUUGUGAAAAAUGUAUGAGGGUCUCAAACAUUUUCUCAUUUAAAAAAACUUAUCCCUUCAUAUAUAUAUUAUUUUGUGUCCAAUCUCUAACCCUUCAUCUGUGGGGUGGGCUGUUGCAGGGAGUGAUGCCAAUCCAAGACAAGCUACAACAAUUCCAAACCCUAGUAGACCAAAACAAGAUAGACAAAGACCUAAUCAGGCAAUCUUUCUUCCUCUUCGAGUCCGGUUCAAAUGACAUCUUCAACUACUUCCUUUCAUUUGAUCCCCCAACUCUCAAUCCAGACGCCUAUGUCCAAUCCAUGCUGACACAAGUCGAAGACUUCAUUGACAGUCUUUACAGGCUUGGCGCUCGAAGCCUAGCCGUGUUUUCGUUGGGCCCGGUCGGCUGUGUUCCAGCUAGGGCUGUUUUGCCCAGUGCACCUGUGGACCGAUGUUUCGGGAAGAUGAAUAAAAUGGUGAAGAAUUAUAAUCAGGGUUUGGAAAAUCUGGUGAAGAAUGUGCAUAUCAAGUAUCCAGGUGUUGCUGGGGUUUAUGGAGCUGUGUAUGACAUUGUUCAACUCUUUCGAGCUAUGCCAAUGCGUUAUGGCAUCUUGAAUGUAUCCAGUGCAUGUUGUGGGUAUGGAACUCUUGGAGGACAGAUGCAGUGUGGGAAGGAGGGUUACUACAUCUGUUCAAACCCUAAUCAAUUCUUGUUCUGGGAUUUUUUUCACCCUUCAGAGCAUGCUUACAAGCUCAUCUCUAAGCUUUUAUGGAGUGGAAGCCAAUCCCGGAUUCGACCCUUCAAUUUGAAGGCUCUAGCGAACAUUACCCUACUUCACUCGUAAUCUCGAUACUGCUAUUUAAAACUAUGCUCGUGAUUGAACAGUACAACCAGAACCAUUUGAGCAAGAGAUUAAAGAAAAUAAUUAUAUAUUGCAUUGAUACUAUAUGAUGAAGAAUUAAAUUAAAACAUGCAACUUGUGGAGGUUUAUUGAGUGUGUCGGUUUUAUUUAUUUUCAAAAUAUUCAAUCAACUCACCAGUUUUGAGCAUGAGGCAAUUGAAAAGUCCUCAAAUGGUGGUUCAGUUGAUAUUUUCCCAAAAACUGAAUGUAAAAAUUGAGGUUGACGUUUGAACCAAACGUGAAAAAUUAAGAGAUGAUAUUUGAACUAUAGUGUAAAUUAUGGCAGAAGUCCUUGAACUUGACGUAUUUAUUUUAAUUAAUCCUUAAACUAAUUUUUUGUUAAAUUAAGUCCUUAACUUUUCAAAUUGGUUCAAUAUAGUCAUUUUGUUACAUUUUGUCCAUUUGUUGUUGUUAAAUACAUUAUAUGGACUUGACUGAAAGAUAAAUUAGAGA